AUGGAGAGCCUUGUAAGUAAAAUUGAUAAGAUUGAUCCAUCAGAUCCUAAAAUAAAGGAAGAAUACAAUAAAUUUAAAUAUGAUAUAACAAAACAAACUAUAGAAUCAUUAAAAGAAAGAAUACCAGCAAGAAUAAUAUUUUUUAAUAAUUUAGUAAAUGUAAAUUCAGAACCUGGAACUGUACUAAAUGUAAAUGAUUUAGAUAGUACAUCUUAUAAAUAUAAAAUAGAAAAGUUAGAAGAAAAUGCAAGAAAAAAAGCUAAAGUAAAUAAAUCCGAUAAAAAUGAUGAUGAUGAUGAUACAUAUAUAAAAAAUUUCCCAAAUAAUGAAGAUAGUAAAAUUAUUGUAAAUGACCAAUUAGUAUAUACACAUUAUGUACCAUCACAUAAACAAAUUUAUAAUGAACUAGAAAAAAUAAAAUCAUAUGCAUCAGAACUAAUUGAAAUGAUAGGAAAUAUAAAAUUAUGGAUACAAUUAAAUGUGCCAAGAAUAGAAGAUGGUAAUAAUUUUGGUGUUGGAAUUCAAGAAGAAGCAAUUCAAGAAUUAGCGAGAGUUGAAGAAAGUGCAUUUAAUUUAUAUGAUGCUAUUGUUAAAUAUUAUAUGGAACGAGCAAAAAUAUCAACUAAAGUUAUAAAAUAUCCAAAUGUUGUAGAUUAUCAAGAAGCUAUUAGAGAAAUUGAUGAAAAAGAAUGGAUUCAUAUUAAAAUUACAAUUAUAGAUAUGAGAAAUAAUUAUAUUAUGCUUUAUGAUUUGUUAUGUAAAAAUUGGGAAAAAGUUGUUAAACCCAAAAAUGAGGAUGCUCAUAAUAGAAUGACUUUUUAA